AUGGAAGCCGAAGACCUCCAGGAAGACCUGACCUGCUCCAUCUGCCUGGACUAUUUCGAGGACCCGGUGUCCAUCGAGUGCGGCCAUAACUUCUGCCGCGGCUGCCUGCACCGCAGCUGGGCGCCGGGCGGCGGCGCGUUCCCCUGUCCCGAGUGCCGGCAGCCGUCGGCGCCCGCGGCGCUGCGGCCCAACUGGGCCUUGGCCCGGCUGACGGAAAAGACGCGGCGCCGGCGUCAGGGCCCCGUGCCCCCCGGCCUGUGCGGCCGCCACUGGGAAGCGCUGCGGCUCUUCUGCGAGGACGACCAGCGGCCCGUGUGCUUGGUGUGCAGGGAGUCGCAGGAGCACCAGACGCACACCAUGGCGCCCAUCGACGAGGCCUUCGCCAGCUACCGGGAGAAACUUCUUGAGACUCAGUGUAGUCUGACGGCCAAGAUGAAGAAAGCCAUGCAUUUGCAGGACAUGGAAGUGAAAAAUGCUACUGAGUGGAAGGAGAAGAUGAAGAACCAGCGAAUGAGAUUCGGUGCAGAGUUUGCAAAGCUGCACCACUUCCUGGCCGAAGAAGAGCAACUGUUUCUUCAGAGACUGAGCAAAGAAGAAGAAGAGACGAAGAAGAAACAGAAUGAGAACACGUUAAAGCUCCAUCAGACGAUCACUUCCUUGAAGCAGCUCAUCUUAGAGGUCGGGAGGAAGAGCCAGAGCCCCACCCUGGAGUUGCUGCAGAAUCCAAAAGAUGUGUUGACCAGGAGUGAGAACCAGGAUGUGAACUAUUCCCCUGAAGUUCUAACAGUGAAGACUGUGUGCAAGAUACCCAUGAUGAAGGAAAUGCUGAAGCGAUUCCAAGUGGCUGUAAAUCUAGCUGAAGACACAGCCCAUCCCAAACUUGUCUUCUCCCAGGAAGGGAGAUAUGUAAAAAAUGGAGCAUCAGCCAGUUCUUGGCCAUUGUUUUCCUCAGCGUGGGGCUAUGUUAGUGGAUGGAGGACCCCUCCGAAGACCACACAGUCUGUGGAAAGAUUUCAGCACUUACCCUGUGUUUUGGGAAAAAACGUUUUCACUUCAGGGAAACAUUACUGGGAAGUUGAGAGCCGAGAUAGCCUGGAGAUUGCCGUGGGGGUAUGUCGGGAGGACAUCAUGGGGAUUGUUGAUAGUUCAAAAAUGUCCCCUCAUGUGGGAAUCUGGGCUAUUUGUUGGAGUUCUGCUGGCUACCGACCGCUAAUAAGCUUUUCUGUAAGUCCUACCAAGCAAGAGCCUGCUCUUCACCGGGUGGGAGUUUUCCUAGAUCACGAGGCUGGGGACAUCUCCUUCUAUAGCGCUGUGGAUGGAGCUCAUCUACACACUUUCUCUUGUCCUCACAUCUGCCUCCGGCCAUUUUUUUGGUUGAGUCCGUUAGCAUCUUUAGUCAUCCCAGCAGUGACUGGUGGGAAAUGA